AUGGCUCUUUGGCCUACUUAUAUCUCCUGUGACUGCAACAUUUCAGAGAAGACCUCAGUCUCCCCUGCACUGAACACAUGUAUUCCACCAGCAAAGCCUGAGCAGUCCUCAGACUCCUCUUCACUGAACACAUGGAUUCCACCAGCAGAACCUAAGCUGACUAUCCAGAGGAUCAUAGAGGACCUGAACCAGUUCAUCCCACCCCGGCCCUUCACCCACAUCAGCUCCACCACCAGUGCCAGACACAGCACAGCCACCAUCCUCCAUCCUCGAGACACAUACUGUACAGGUGACUGGCUGGAGGUUCUGAUCCAGGCGAGGGACCUCUUAGGGCACGGGAAGAAAUAUGGUGGGGACUUCCUGAGGGCCAGGAUACACUCCCCAGCCUUGAAGGCGGGUGCCUCAGGAGAAGUGACAGAUUUCAACAAUGGCACCUACCUCAUCAGAUUCCCUCUGUUUUGGGAGGGUACAAUCUUCCUUUCUGUCCUACUCAUCCACCCUAGCGAAGGAGUGUCGGCUCUCUGGAGGGCCAGGAACCAAGGCUAUGACAAGAUUAUUUUCACGGGCAAAUUUAUUCAUGGAACCUCCCAUGUCCUGGCUGAAUGUGGCUUCACUCUGAACUCAAGUGCUGAGCUGUGUCAGCACCUGGACACUCGAGAGCAUGAAACUUUCUACUGUGUGAAGCAGCCUCAUGUUCCAUGUGAGGCUCUGACCCACAUGAUGACCGAUAAUCGAGACAUUUCCUACCUUACUGCAAAGGAACAAAGCCUUUUCCACAAGUCCAAUGUGGGAGUGGAGCUGCUGGGACAAUUUACACCCAUUGACAUCUCCAAAUGUAAAAACAGGCAGAAGAUGAAAAAGAAAUGCCACAUUGGCAUGGAGGUCCCUAUGUCCAGUGGCUAUGCUUUGGAAGACAGGUGGGUGACAACAUUCUGUGAGCAGAUUCAAUUUGAUGCCACUAAGAUGACUAAUUGUUUGAAAGGAAAACUUGUUUACCUUCUGGGAGAUUCUACCCUGCGUCAAUGGAUCUACUACUUUCAUGGAAUCAUAAAAACCCUAAAACUGUUUGAUCUUCAUGGAAGUGGCAGUUUCAAGAAACAUCAACUUCUGGAUGUAGACAGGCACAUUCAGAUUCAGUGGAUAAAGCACAGUUACCCUUUCGUCACUCGGGAUUUCUACUCUGUGAUGGAUGAAGCACAUAUUGGCCAGGAAAUUGACCGGAUUUCUGGUGACAAGAGCACGGCCAUCGUCAUCACCAUUGGCCAACACUUCCGGCCCUUUCCCAUUGACAUUUUCAUUCGCAGGGCCAUCAGCAUCCAAAAUGCUAUCAAGCGGCUGUUCUUAAGAAGCCCAGACACAAAGGUGAUUCUAAAGACAGAAAACAUCAGGGAGAUGCAUAUACAAACAGAGCAGUUUGGAGACUUCCACGGUUACAUUCAGUAUCUCAUCAUGAAAGACCUUUUCAAAGACCUCAACGUGGGUGUCAUAGAUGCCUGGGACAUGACCAUUGCCUACGGCACAAACAAUAUUCACCCACCUGACCAAGUGAUUGCAAGCCAGAUUAACAUGUUCCUAAACUAUAUUUGCUAAAGUGAAACCAUUCAAGAAUUCCCAGGGACCAAUUUCCACAGGUAACCCUCCUUGUAUACUCAGAGACAUUUUAUUUAUGUUAUAGAUUAAGAUCAUCGAAUUUCAAACAAUCUGUCUACCCUAGAAGGGCCCUGAAGAACAAAGGCAGCCAAUGUGAUG